CUGUUUGUGUCACAUGCAUAGAGAACCGACUAAUAAACCAGGGAAAUAGGAGAAAAUUGCCGUUGACGUUGACUGUCUAAUAAACGGAGAACGACUUCGCCACGACAGCAAUAUGGUCAAGGUGUGAGACUGGCAUGUAUUGUCCAACAAUACGGUCAUUCCGGAAAAGGUCUGCCCGGUGGCAGAUGGUAAUCUUGCUCAACCCAGCAUCUAUCGGGAGCGGCUAACCGUGAAGCAGCAUGUCCAAUGGGAACGAAUCCUGCCUGUCAGGGAAUGGCACCAUCGGCUUCAUAUCGUGUAUGAUUCGCGUCUGGGAGGAGUGGGCCGGGCUGGGACACCUGGAGGACUACCUCAGCUACCUGGAGUACCUAGUGUGGGUGUUCACGCCUCUGGCCAUCGUCUUCAUCUUACCGUUCCUCAUCGUUAUCCUCGUGUAUCUCUCCAUACUCUUCCUGCAUAUAUACAAGCGCAAGAUCCAACUCAGGGAGGCCUAUUCCAACAACCUGUGGGAUGGCGCAAGGAAAACCCUGGCCACUCUGUGGGAUGGACACGGAGCCAUAUGGCAUGGUUAUGAGAUACAUGGAUUAGAAAAGAUUCCAGAUGAAGGGCCUGCCCUUAUAGUCUACUACCACGGGGCUAUUCCCAUUGAUUAUUAUUACUUCCUGGCAAGUUUAAUCAUUCGAAAGGGACGGACCUGUCAUUCUGUGGCAGAUCACUUCUUGUUCAAUGUUCCUGGCUUCAAGUUGCUGCUGGAGGUGUUCAGCGUGAUCCACGGGCCGCAGGAGGAGUGUGUGAAGGCCCUGCGCAGCGGCCACCUGCUGGGCAUCUCCCCUGGCGGCGUGCGGGAGGCGCUCCUCAGUGACGAGACCUACCCCCUGAUUUGGGGCAAGCGCAAGGGUUUCGCUCAAGUGGCCAUCGACUCCAAAGUGCCAAUAAUUCCUAUGUUUACACAGAAUGUACGAGAAGGAUUUCGCUCUCUAGGAACACUAAGAUUGUUCAGAUGGUUGUAUGAAAGAUUUCGCUUUCCCUGCGCUCCUGUGUAUGGAGGUUUCCCAGUAAAAUUUCGCACCUUCCUCGGUGACCCAAUUCCAUAUGACCCCAGACUUACCGCGGCAGAGUUGGCAGAAAAGGUGCAAGAGGCUGUGCAAGCACUUAUAGAUCAACACCAAAAAAUCCCGGGUAACAUCCUUCGAGCUCUUUUAGAGCGAUUCCACAGACGGACGAAAGAAGCCUAGUCACUUUCUAUGUAUCAGAUCAAUGUUAAUUCAGUACUAAGAGUGGGCAUCGUUACUAAGGAUUGAUAAGUUACUGAUAUGGCACAGGAGCCCUAACGUGUAGCUGUCUAUGCGUCACAAACCCACAUAUCUAAUAAGGUGUGUCUACAGACCACAAUGACUGAUUCUAUUUGUCACAUGCAGUGAAAUUGAGCCUCUGCAUUUGACCCAUCCUUUACUAGAGCAAUAAACACACACACACACACACACUAGGAGCAGGGGCCAGCAGCAGUGCCCUGCCUGGGGAGCAGUUGAGGGGUUAGGUGGGCUUAGGUGAGGGGCACUUCAGCCGUGGACCUUGAGGAAGGGGGAAGUGCUCUGUAUCCACUCCCCCUGACAGACCAGGGGAUCAGACUCUGGCGCCCUUUCGGUCACGAGCCCGCUUCUCUAACCUUUAGGGCCACGGCUGCCCCGAGUCUAGUGUGCAUGGCCUAAGUAAUUUAAGCAAUCGUGUGUGUGUGUGUGUGUGUGUGUGUGUGUGUGCGCGCGCGCGCGCGCGUGCGUGUGUGUGUGUUUGUCGUCAUUUGGAGAUCGGUCUUUAAUUUAUUUGCACACUUUGAUCUGUUCAGGACCACUGCCAAAUCAGUUUAUUUUGUGAAGAGCCUUAUGUUUAUUUUAUAAAUGUCCAACUUCAAAAAAGAGGUCAGUGUUUUUUAAAUGGGUCUGUCUGAAUGACUGAAUUGGUGAAAAACAGACCUGUACUCUACCAGUGUGAAAUGUAUUGUAAAAUACAGUGUACUGAGUCAACCUGUUAGUUAAAUUCAUGUUGAGCUUGAUUCACCCCCUCCCUCCACCCCAAAUAAUUAAGUAAUAAAUGCACUAUUUUAUAUCUGUUAGAAAGCACUCAAUCUCAAUGAUUCCCAGUCAGGUGAUGCAUACAACAUUUGAAUACAUUUAUAUUUUACAAAAAUCAGCUGUUUGAUGAGGUUUGCAUGUGGUGUAUUUGUAAAGUUGUCAGUUCUAUAACAAAUGCUACCAAUUUUGUCCCCUUUUCAAAAAUAUUGUCACAUCUGUAAAUGCUUGGGAAAUAACCAUUUGUAUCACUGUGUCACUGACUAGUGCAAUACAGUGGGGAACUAGUCAACUGCCAUGGUUUUAUGAAGCUCUGAGCUGGCCAUUGUGGCACUGUGGUACAAUGAUGAUUCAAGUAUAUUCUGCUCUGCUGUCAGAAUUUGCAUUCCUACUGCACAUUCAGAGUGCAGUGAAGUAUAUUCUAAUGAGGGAAAUGCUUUUUUAGAGAAAUCCUGUUUUAAAUAUUUUUUGAAUGAAGCCUAGCCACUUUCUGUGUUCACAAUUUACUGUGAAUCGCCUGGUAACAACAGUGCAGAAGACCGACUAGUAAAAGGACCACGUUAAGCAAGCUGACUCUAACACUGUUUGGCCUCUUGUGAGAAGCAUAUCUCCCCUCACAUGCUCUGAAGGACGAUGAGAUGUUUGUGAUUUUAUUUUAAGUUAUACAUAUGUGACUCAGAAGCACACACUCAUUACACUGGCUAGAUGGUCACACUUCAAUGUGCAUAUCGUGGAGUUAACGAUGUGUUUAUGUACGAUGAGAACUUGGUAUUGGCCCCUUAUGAAUCUCUGCUAUUUACUGAGGACCUCAGUGCAUUAACUGUAAAUCAAGAAAUGUUGAAUAAUUAAAACCUAUUUUUAUACA